AGCUUCAAUAAUCCAUGUAAAGUGUUUAUAUGGGCGGAGGCACGGUCGGCCUUCGAAAUACUGUUGCACCUGUCUUCAUAAGAAUUAAUCCUUGAUCAAGUGCAUUUACUAAGAAAAAAAUUUAAAAUUUAUCCCUCCACCCAGUGAUGUGUUGUGAAAUGACUUUAUACGCCAUUAAGUAAGAAUUUACAAGACUUGUUAGCUUGUAAACAAAACAUAAUGGCUAAUAUUUAGUCUUAGUAAAAAAUGUCACACGCUAGUAGUGAUUUUAUGCUUUCUUCUGAAGAUAUGCCUGAAGCUGAAUCCUCUGGUACCUUGGAACAUGUUAAUAAGAAAAAAUUUUCUUCGGGGUCUCUAUCGGGAGACGUUACACGUCCUAAAGUAGUAACGGUGAAACAUCCAGAAUCUAAUAAACUGAAACCUACAGCCAAAAAGAAUAAACAACCUAUUCAAGCAGAUUUAGACGUGUCAAAGGAAUUUAUAAGAUGUAAAGAGGAGGGUUUGAAACGUUUGGAUUUAAGUAAAUCUAAUAUAACUCUACUACCGCCUACUGUCCGCGAUUUACAUCAUUUAUCUGAACUGUACCUCUAUGGUAAUAAAAUAGUUUGUUUGCCAAAUGAAAUAGGCUGUUUAACGAGUCUACAAACGUUAGCUUUAAGUGAGAAUUCUUUGACUUCCUUACCAGAUUCUCUUGAAAAUCUGAGAUCACUGAAAGUAUUAGAUUUAAGACAUAAUAAGCUAAACGAUAUACCAGAUGUGGUAUACAAAUUAACAUCCCUUACUACUUUAUUCUUAAGAUUUAACAGAAUAAGAUAUGUAGGUGACGAAAUUAGGAAUUUAACAUCAUUAACAAUGUUGAGUCUACGAGAAAAUAAAAUAAAAGAAUUACCUCCUGGUAUUGGUUGUUUAGUACAUUUGUUAACAUUUGAUGUUUCUCAUAAUCACUUGGAACAUCUACCUGUGGAAAUAGGUGAAUGUUUGGAUUUAUCAACAUUAGAUUUGCAACAUAAUGAACUCCUAGAUAUACCAGAUACUAUUGGAGAACUACAUCAAUUGACAAGGCUAGGCUUAAGGUACAACAGGUUAUCUCAAAUCCCUCCAUCUUUGAGCAAUUGUAAACAUAUGGAUGAAUUUAAUGUUGAAGGAAAUGCUAUUUCACAAUUACCUGAAGGAUUGUUAUCAAGUUUAAGUGAACUAACCAGCAUCACACUAUCAAGAAAUAUUUUUUCUGCUUAUCCCUCAGGAGGUCCAUCUCAAUUUGUAAAUGUUGAUUCUGUUAACUUGGAACAUAACCAAAUCGACAAAAUUCCCUAUGGAAUAUUUUCGAGAGCCAAACAUUUGACAAAAUUGAAUAUGAAAGAGAAUCAAUUGACUUCUUUGCCUCUUGAUGUUGGAACAUGGACAAAUAUGGUUGAAUUAAAUUUAGGAACAAAUCAGUUGAGUAAAUUGCCUGAUGAUAUACAAUGUCUGCAGAGUUUAGAGGUACUUGUUCUUUCAAAUAAUCUUUUACGCAGAAUCCCUCCAAGCAUCGGCAACUUACGUAAACUCAGAGUUUUAGAUUUAGAAGAAAACCGCUUAGAACAGCUACCACAAGAAGUGGGGUAUUUAAAAGAUCUUCAAAGGCUCAUUGUCCAAUCAAAUCAGUUAACUUGCUUACCUAGAGCAAUCGGGCAUCUUAGUAAUCUUGUGUUUUUAAGUGCAGGUGAAAAUAAUUUAGCUUAUCUUCCAGAGGAGAUUGGUACCCUCGAAAAUUUGGAAUCAUUAUAUAUUAAUGAUAACCCAACAUUACACAACCUCCCUUUUGAAUUGGCUCUAUGUUCAAAUUUGGGAAUAAUGAGUAUAGAGAAUUGUCCCCUGUCUCAAAUUCCAGGAGAAAUAGUAGCCGGAGGACCUUCUUUGGUGAUACAGUAUUUGAAAAUGCAAGGCCCCUAUAGGGCUAUGUGAUGAUGCAAUUAGUUUUGCUUUAAUUUUAUUCUUUGUAGAGAAGACUCUUUGUGAUUCAAGACGACUGUUAUGAAAAUAGAACUUGGCGAGAUUUUUAUAAUACAAAUUUGCAACUAAUUUGAAAAAUAUGUAAUAUUUUUCCAAGGAUAAGUUUGUAUCAGACAAUUAUUAUCAUUUAGAUGUUGAGACAUUUCAUCGGGAUAAAUUAUGAUCUCAAAUAAGGUAGAAAGUACUCUUUCAAGCAAAAUAAUAUUUUACUAACUUAUGUUAACAAUCUUCAUAAUUUAUUACAUAACAAUUAGUUGAAUUAGUUUCUCCCAGCUAACAAUUUUGUUGAAUUUCAUCUGUAUUACUGUCAAUUUCAUGUUUAAAAAGUGUCACUUAAAAAGGUUUAAAUAUUUAUAUUUGACUAUAUUCAGAACCUCCCUAUUCACUGGAUACAUUCUCUUCCUAAAACAUGUUCUGGUAUUUUAACUAUAUUUUUGUGUGGUUGUCAAUAACCAUUUUAAUCUUUGACCCUGUUCAUAGCAUUAAUUUACAAAGUAAUCUAUUAUUACGUACAUUAAUUUUUUGAAUUUAUAGUAUCUAUAGAAAUAACGAUUUUGAUCCAUAUAAAACUGAAUAAUAAUGGAUAUACAACCCUUUCAAGAAGGGAAUUAUUGUUUUAAGUAUCUACCAAAAGAGACAUAUAAAAAUGACAGUGCAGAAUCAGCAAACAUUGUUCAAAAUUUGUUGCUAAUUAGUUGCUAAAAGAACAAUUUUAUUAUGGCAUGGAUUAUUGCCUAAAAUUGGAAACAGAUUAAACCGAAUCAAUGUUAAUUAUUUGCUGUAAGACAGUACUGAAUUCAAUUAGAAAAAUUUUUUUUUUGGAAAAUACAAAUUUGCAUCUGCCAUGUUCGUUUUCUUUUAUUUAUCUAAUCUGGUAUAGUUAAUUGUGUUGUUUUAAUGUGGUCUUAAACUUUUGACCGGCAGUGUACAUACAGUUUUAUUAAACUUUCCAAAUUGGUCGAUAUCUUUUAAAUAUCUCGCCGAGUUUCUAAAAUCCACUUUCCAUGUUUCUAUUCUCGAUAAAGUUAAACGGUUUUUCUUGUAAAGAAGAUUACUGGUUCGAAAAAAUACUCAUAAUUUCGAACAAAACGUUUGUCUACAAAUUUGAUAAUUUCAAGUUGAAAAUAUUUUUGUGUCAAAACGUUGAAUGAAACGAACUUACCGGUAGUCCUCUUUGGACAGCAGUAUUGUUAUUUAAACAGUAAUUUCCUAAGACAGAAACAUCUUGUAUGACUCAUAAAAUGUCAUUGUUAUAACCUAACUUGUAAAAAUAUUUUCGAAAUCUUCAAAGGUUCCCAAAUACUCGUUUAAACUAGAUCAAAUAAAUAAUUAUAACUAAAUAUUUUCUCUUCCCAUUUAUUUUUAUUCAGUGUUGCAUUUUCUCAGUGUAAGUCUACUUAUUUUAGAUUGUCUCUUAAUUUCAUGUAGCAUCCCCCAUUUCUAAUUCUUCCAUUUUCUCCAUUUUUGUACAUUAAUAAAACGAUUAGAGGAAAGUCUCCUAAUAUGGGGUAGUUUUUUUUUCAAAACACCCCAUAAUAAAAAAACAUGAUAGUUUUAAGCAUUAUUUCCAUAUUUCAUGUUUCAUUGGAUAUACCAUCAAGCAUUUGAUAAGAAGAAACAUGUUUUUAAAAAAAGCUGAUGCACAAGUAUGAUAAGCCACCCCACGACGAUCAUAUCUGUUUUAUGCUGAAAAAAUUAAUUCUGGAGAUACCGGAAGUGGCCAUUAUCUCAAGAAGGCUAACAGAUAUCGAACCAUGGAUAGAUCUCAUCAAGAUCUAUUUGUGUGUGAUCUUUACUUCCAAUUCUUCUUCUUCAACGUAUUGUAAGCCUUAAGCAUGUAGUUUCCAACUUGUCAUUCUAGAGAUAUUGAUGUCCAUGAAUCCAUCCAUCUUUUUGGAGGUAUUCCUAAAGGUUUCGUGUCCCUAAUUUACUGUCUCUCCGCUUGUGGUUUGUUGCUGGGUGGAUAGAGUAGCCUGGUGACUGCUACUGCCGGUCCCAAGCCCGGGUAAAGGAGGAAGGUUGUCAGGUGAGGCCAGCAACCUACCGUACGUAAAAAGAAUGUAUCUGCUCACAGAUCCAACGAUCAGCCUCGAAAUAGGGCGGUCCAAGCGUUGACGAACUCAACUAGAAAUUGGAAUAUGAUUACAGAAAACAAGAAACAAGAAAGAUUAAUUGUAUUAGAGCAUUCCCAGGUUUUAAAAAGUAAAUAAUUUUAUCACUUGGGAGUCCGUAGUAUCAACAACGACAGUUGUUCUAUUCUUGUUUCAAUUAUCAAGGACAUCAGCAUAAUUACCAUCUUGUUUUGUUGGAUGCCUUCUUCCGUUACCUAUCCACUAUUAUUAGAUGUUGGCGUUGGCUGCUGUGUGAACCAGAUCUCCUACAUUUCUCAGACCUGUCCACUCUCUCAUGUUCCUCAUCCAAGACAUUUGCUUUCUCCAGAUUCCCCGUUUACCAUCUAUCGUACCCUCAACUAUGAGUUAAAGAAGUUGGGCUUCUGAAAUUGUUUGUUUGUUUGGAAUACCAGCAGCUGUAGAUUCUUGAAUUAGGCGAAUAUGAGUAUUUGCUAGAAAUUGUUGUAGAGUUGUUGGAUCUUUCAUAGAUGGAUCACAAACGAUAUUUUUCAGAAGUAGGAUUAUUGAUAAUUCGUUUAUAAUGGGGUAUUUAACGUCUCCAUCAAUUUUCAGAUCUAUGGAUAAGUCAGAUGUCUAUUUUGACUGGACAAUAAACCAACGUAAAGUUUAGUACACUAUUAAUAAUUUUUAUAAGUCUUUGCCUUUAUAGUACUAACUGUCCGCCAUUAACUAGUGUUUGCAUUAAAUAUAAUGCAUAGUGAAACAGUAGUUCAUGGAGAGUCAUUGAGAAAACGAUUUUUUUGUCUAAUUUUGCUCAACCAAUGAAAGUAAAUUAUUUGGUGUGACAAUUGUAACAAGGCUGUGCCAUAUUGAAUCGAACAAAACUGUUUCUCAAGAUGUCUCUGUUUUAUAUAUUUCAUAUUGUUUUUUUUUCAAACUACAUUAUGUAUAUUUAUCGAUAAUCGCUAUCUGAGGAAAAAAUAUUAGAUCUAGAUGUUGAAUCAAUUUGAACUAUGUGUCUGCUUUAAUUUUUCCAAGCCAAAUUUUACCAAUAUAAAUUCAAUGAGGAACUAAUGCGCACAAAAAUUUUAUCUUCCUCAAUUUUUUUCUUUAAAAACAGUUGGUAUCAGUAAACAUCCGUUUUAUUAUAUUUAAAUCAAUUUAAUCGUUGGAAUUUCUAAGUUGGAACACACAGUUUAUACCACCACUACACCAACACUCACAAUUACACUGUUUGACGACCGUUUUGAUAACCAAGUUAUCGUCUUCAAAGACUGAAGGUAAACCGAGUGUUGGUGUAGUGGUUGUGUGAACAUUGUGUUCAGUAUAUGAGUUGUAGUUUAUGAUGACACAAUAUGAGUCUUCAUGUGAACCUCACGAUCAACAGGAACAGUAACUGUGAUGAUUUUAGUACAUUUUACUGUACCACAGUACUAAAUCACUGGGAAUCCAAAAUGUCAUUGAUUUUUUUGUAUAAAUGAAGUAAAAUAGAUUUCAAACUUGCAGGAAACUAUUAUAGCAUCUGUUUAGUUGGAUCCUGGUUAAUUUUUAAAUUUUUUAUUAUUGUUAUAAUGUUAAAAAUGUUUAAUUUUGUGAUUAUAAAUUAAUUUGGAUUAUUUGAAUAUAUGCUAACUAACCUUGCUAUUUGCCCCAAAGAGGUGUAUAAAUAUUGGAAGGUUAGGGGUAUCAUACAUGACGAAAUCCUUAUAAAAUAUAAUAAGGCUGUGUUUAUUGAAAGCGACUUAUUGUAAAAAAAAAAUAAUUUCUAGUCUAGUACUCUCAUAUCAUGUGAAUGAAUCUAAAAUUUUUUUAGAUAAUUAGAGAAAAUGACUUCCAUUUGUGGAGAUCGACAUGAUACUAGAGAGAAUAGUUAUUCGGAAUUGUCGAAAUAUAAAAGCAUACACAGAAAAUUAAAUAAAUUUUUCCUUCCUAAAGAAUCACACUACGAAACAUUAUUUUUAUAUAGUUUGACGAAAUAAUUACCUCAUUAACCCUUCAGUUGUAACUUGACUAGAUCUGGUAUCAGUAGUAACUUAGGUAUCUGAGUCCGCAUUUAAAAAAAGUUUUUACUGACACAUGUUGUAAAUAAUUCCAAAAUACAAGGAAGGAAUUAAUAUUUAAAGGUGUUUGUAACUGUCAUGAAAUGAUGCCAAAACAAAAAUGAAAGAAUGUCUUUUGUGUCAUUUUUGAAAUUGAAGAGUUGUUGAAGUAGUCCGAUGUGCAAUAUUUGUUUUUGGUUUGUAAUAAAAUUGUACAAAAUCAGAACAAAUUCGCAGCUCAUAAUACCUAAUAAUGUACAGAUUUUCAAUCAGGGGAUGAAACAUAAUGAUACUAACCAAAAACAACUAUGAUUUAUAAAAUUGUUAACUGUAUGAAAAAAAAAUUAGAGUUAAAUCUCUAGACGUUUGUUAUUAAAAAAAGUUGAAAAUUUAUUUUAAUUUUUUAAAAAUUUGACAAUUCCAUACAAAAAGCUGUUUAUUGUGGUUGUCAUUGUUGCAUGAGAUACAUACCUGUUAGUUUGCAAAAAUGCUAAUAAAAAAUAUUUUAUGUGA